AUGGAAAAAACAAUUAAUAGUGCUUUAGUCGAAACAAAAAAAUGUACAAGAUGCAAUUGUGACAGACCACUUGUAGACUUUCUUAGUGAUAAAGACAUUUAUUCUGGUUGCAAAACUUGCUGUAAUAAUCAUAUUUAUAAUUCACUCUUAAGCAAUAAAGAUGUGGAUGAUGAUUUUGCAGGACAAAUGAGAUUUCAACUUGAAUUUAACAUUAAUUCAGAAUCAAUUGAUGAAACUCUUGUUGACAUUGAGCAGAACAAAAACUUGAGCAUUGCCAACCUAGUUAUUAAUAAAAUUAGUAAUGGCGAUGGCUAUUCAUAUGUACAUCAAUCAAUCUAUAAUAAUAAUUAUGAACCUCUAACAAUAAAUAGUAAUUCUAUUAUCAACAUUAAUGAAAUCCCUAUAACGAAUAGUGCAAUUGAAAUAAAUAAUGGUUCUGUAGACAUAGUCGAACAAAAACAUAAUCAAUUAUGUCAGAUUCUAAAUGAGUCGAAGGUUCUUCAUAAUCAGCAGAAGUUUCUUGAUAACAUGGAAGAAAAGUUAAUUCCUCUUAACAAAUUAGUUGAAGAUAUUUUGCAUCAUGAGAAACGACGCACAUUACCAUGA